CGAAAAUGUAAAAACAGCGAGGGCCCAAUCGCAAAUACGACCCACAUCUAUAAAUGCCUUUCAAUUUUCUGUUCCCGGCUGUAAUCCUAGGGUUUGUGCUCCUCUCCACUACGCAGUAAGUGUCUCUCAGCUUUAUCGCCGCCGCCUUCUCGCUCCACCGGGCACCGGAAAGCCGCCACCAUGGGUCGUAUGCACAGCCGAGGAAAGGGUAUUUCAGCAUCAGCACUUCCCUAUAAGAGGACUCCACCGAGCUGGCUCAAGAUUUCCUCUCAGGAUGUUGAAGAGAACAUUUGCAAGUUUGCCAAAAAGGGUUUAACACCUUCUCAAAUUGGUGUUAUUCUUCGUGAUUCUCAUGGGAUUGCUCAAGUGAAGAGUGUAACUGGCAGCAAGAUUUUAAGGAUCCUAAAGGCUCAUGGGCUUGCUCCUGAGAUUCCGGAGGAUCUUUACCACCUCAUCAAGAAAGCCGUUGCCAUCCGGAAGCAUCUAGAGAGAAACAGAAAGGACAAGGACUCCAAAUUCAGGCUGAUUCUCGUUGAGAGUAGGAUUCACAGACUUGCUCGUUACUACAAAAAGACCAAGAAGCUUCCACCUGUCUGGAAAUAUGAAUCCACUACUGCCAGCACCCUCGUGGCCUGAAGAGCUUGCAAUGAAGAAAUAUGGAGUUUGUAUUUCCUGUUAUAAAGGGACGCACUAGAAUUUGUUGUGAGACUAGUUUAUUAAGUUUUCGUCCUGGCUGAUGUUGAUCAAUUUGCUAAACCAGUAGUGUUUUGGAGAUUUUGUUUUGAUGAUCUGUUUAAUUAAUCAGUUUUUAUUUUGCAAUGUGUUGGUGUGUUAUUAUUCAUUUGAUGUUCAAAAAGUGCCUGCCUGGUUAUACUCAUAUUUAGCCUUUCGUAAAAUUUGUGGGAUUUGGGACAUAUUUGAAACAAUGGAAACAAAUC